CGGAGCCUGUAGUAGCCGAGUGUUCCGCUGCACUUCAUCCGAUGGCAAGAAUGCGUUAAAGGGUCUGUGUCGGUUGCACUGAAAGGGUUUAAACCGAUAUAUUCUGUCCGGAGGAGAUUCCGCAUCAAAUUACGCAUGGAACGGUUUCGGGGGAUCGCAGUAGAAAUGCAGCGCUGCACUUCUAGCCCACAACAAGAGCCAUACCCUGGUCACAUUACAAGCAGCUCUAUGAUAUCCUGUUUAUCUCCGACCACUCUGAUAUGAGUACGAGUUGCUCGAAUAUAGACGAGGAGUAAAAAAAAGAAAAAAAAGAAAAAAGACAAAAGAACAGAUAUUCCACCACCUGAAGGACGCCGUUUUUUUUUUCUGCAGACGUUUUGUGCACCGAAAAUCUCGUCAUUUAGGAUUUUUUGUUUUGUUUGAUGGAGCUGGAGAACAUAGUAGCCAACACUGUACUGCUAAAAGCAAGAGAGGGUGGAGGAGGCAAACGGAAAGGGAGGAGUAAAAAAUGGAAGGAGAUCCUUCGCUUCCCACACAUAAGCCAGUGCACUGAGCUGGGCAACAGCAUUGAGAGGGACUAUGUCAGCCUGUGUGAGAAACAGCCCAUUGGACGGCUUCUCUUCCGUCAGUACUGUGAGACGAGACCUGAACUGCUGCGAUGCAUCAAUCUACUGGACGCAAUGGAAGACUAUGAGGUGACGCCCGAUGAAAAAAGGAAAAGCAGAGGGGACCAGAUCAUCCAGAAGUUUCUCUCUAAAGAAUCGUCUGACUGUGUAGGCAUAGCAGAGGUCUAUGCAGACCAGUGCAGAGAGAACCUUGAACUCAGCCCUUGUAAGGAGAUCUUCAGCGAAUGUCGCAAGGCCCUCCACGACCAUCUGAGCGGUGCUCCGUUCUCGGACUACCAGAACAGCAUGUACUUUGACCGGUUCCUGCAGUGGAAGAUGCUGGAGAGGCAACCGGUCACUAAAGACACAUUCAGACAGUACCGAGUGCUGGGGAAGGGGGGAUUCGGAGAGGUGUGCGCUUGCCAGGUCAGAGCGACGGGAAAGAUGUACGCCUGCAAGAAGCUGGAGAAGAAGCGAAUCAAGAAGAGGAAAGGGGAGUCCAUGGCCCUCAAUGAGAAACAGAUCUUGGAGAAAGUCAACAGCAGAUUUGUUGUGAGUUUAGCAUAUGCAUAUGAGACCAAAGACGCUCUGUGUCUGGUGCUGACCAUAAUGAACGGUGGGGACCUGAAGUUUCACAUCUACAACAUGGGCACGCCGGGCUUCGAGAAGGACAGGGUCCAGUUCUACGCUGCUCAGAUCUGCUGUGGCCUCGAGCACCUGCACAGGGAAUCCAUCGUCUACAGGGAUUUGAAACCAGAGAACAUCCUACUAGACGACAACGGACACAUCCGUAUUUCAGACCUGGGGCUAGCCAUCAAAGUGCCUGAAAGGGAACUCAUCAGAGGAAGAGUGGGGACAGUUGGCUACAUGGCUCCAGAAGUGAUCAACAACGAGAAGUACGGCAUGAGUCCCGACUGGUGGGGGCUGGGCUGCCUCAUUUACGAGAUGACGGCGGGGCGAUCCCCCUUCCGCGCGCGUAAAGAACGAGUGAAACGGGAGGAGGUGGAGAAGAGGGUACAGGAGGAGGAGGAGGAGUACAACGAGAAGUUUUCGGAGGACACCAAGGCCAUCUGUAAGAUGCUGUUGACCAAAGACCCCAAGCAGAGGCUGGGGUGCCAGGCGGAAGGGGCGGCGGGGGUGAAGGCGAACCCCUUCUUCAAAAACAUCAACUUUAAGAGGCUGGAGGCCGGGAUACUGGAGCCUUCCUUUGUGCCCGAUCCCCGGGCAGUGUACUGUAAGGAUGUGUUGGACAUAGAGCAGUUCUCGACGGUAAAGGGAGUAAAUCUGGACCAAACUGACAAUGACUUCUAUUCCAAAUUCGCUACAGGCAGUGUUUCCAUCCCAUGGCAGAAUGAGAUGAUAGAAACUGAAUGUUUCAGUGAUCUGAAUGUGUUCGGGCCUCAUGGGUCGAGACCCCCAGAUCUGGACUGGAAUCAGCCCCCAGAGCCCCCCAGACGCAGCCUGCUGGACAGGAUCUUCAGGAGGCAUCACCCAGAGGUGUCCAUCGCUCACAGUCGAGUGCAGUCUUCCAGCGUGAAUUCUGUGGACUCCAUGUCCAACUCUGCCCCCUAGUGGCAUAACAACCGUAUGGAGCCGCACGCAAAGGGAAGGAGCUCCAAGGGCUACCCCAUUGCUGAUUGGUUUACAGUCAGGCCUGAACAGCAGCCGGAGACAGCCUGUCUAAGCUUAAUGGUCAGCCCGUGGAGGGGAAACUGACCAUCACCAGGCACUGAGACCCUGGGCAUUUGCUUAAUGACGCAGAGACGUUUGGGAAUACUCAAUAUAAUACUCACCCUCAGGAUUGCUGGACUAUAGAACAGAGCCACUGAUGUUGACGAAAAAGUAAAGAAAACAAGCUAAUAUUCAGGGGAUCCACUGUCUAAGAAAGACCAGCACAGGGAAUUGGCAAUAGGGUCUUGGUGGAAAAUGUGUUUUCUUGCUGGUUUCCAUGAAAAAGGAAAUCUUGUUUUUUUCGACUCAUUCUCAGCCUGUCUCUCUGUGACCUAAUUUCUGCUAUCUUCGUCUUUCCGUCUGCAUCUCCUCCUCUCCUCUCCCCCGUCUCGUCACCUCUGCACCUCUCGUUCACUCUUUCUUAGUACCUCUCUUGUCUAGUUUUCCACUUUCCAUACCUCAGAUUACUCAGAAACAUUCACAUUAAAUCGAUAACUUCGCCUCAACAGCCUCAACACAUAAUGAACCUUGCCUUGCGUACACUCAGGCCAAAGAUACAGUUUAGUUUUGUGAUACUGUUGUCAUGUUGUUUUGUUGGUUUUGAAGGUUGACAUCACUUAGAGCCACCAUGUGUCAGAAUGUAGACUGCCUGGGCCCAUGUUUAUGUACAUUCUCUAAAUAUGAGCCUGCAGACAUAUCAUAUUGCUUAGAGCAAACACACACACACACGCACACACACAAACACACACACACACACACACACACACACACACACACGCAAAGAAUUGUGAGAACUGAGUUGUGUUUUCGUUGCAUGGACAAGACAAAGUAUGGACAACUGUAUCCCUGGCUUCUGCAUACCUCAUUCCACUGAUGUUACCAUUGUAUACUGUACAACACAAAUGAAAAUCCUCACCCUGGGUUUACAGUGUCACUUUAUAAUUGAGAUUACGUGGAGUUUGAAAUCCUUAAUUGAUAUGCUGUACAGAAAUAUCUUUUUUGUUAUUUUCUGCACAGUCCCCGUUGGGUGGAAAGGAACACAUGCACUCAGCUGACUAAAAAGUUGCACAAUAUUGAAAAAAUAUAUAUAUAUAUAUCAUGCUGUUGUUUUCAUCUAAUGAAAAGGUUUUUACAGUAAAUAUGUUUUACCUCUGACCGUAAUGGCACAUUAUUAUAUUGAAACAAUUGUUACACAAUUCUUACUCACGUUUUUGUUUUUUUUGUUUUUUUUUUUUGUUUUUUUUUUUUAAGUUGCAGCACACGAAACUGAUUCUGCAGUUUGGAGGCAUCCUUGCCCUCUCACCAUGCCUUUUCUGACUCCAAAAUAUUGCUGCAUAGCCAUGUUUGUCUGGUGCCCACUUUAUUUUUUUCUUCUUCUUUGUUUCUUUUUUUUUUUUUUGCCCCUACCCCUUACACGUAUUGCGUUGCAUGCGCUCCAGUAUGCCUCGGCAAUCUAAAAGGGUCUUCCUUUUGUUUCCCUCACACUCAUCUGCAGACACAGGGUAUGCGAAGGCUACCCGGGGGUUUGGUCUCGUAGGGGGUGUGGACUGAUUUAUGCGGUCGGUCCAGCGCGUUGACGUCUGAGGGGGAGGGGGGGACGCCAGGAUCACGCCAACACACAAAGAAGUGGCCUUCUUACAGUAGCACAGCGAAUCAGAAGGGAGGAAGAGCUCGUGCUCUUCUGCUCGUUUUAGAAUGUGAUGCUGAACGAUAAGGGGUUCAUGCAGUGACUUAAUCGUCCUCACUAAUUUCACACGGGCCUGUUUGUUUUCUUCUUUUUUUUUGGUCCUCUGUGUGCUUGAUAAAGAAAAUUAAAUCUAAAUGAAAAUGAAGUGCCUCCUUGUUAGCAUGAUUUCCCAGGCAACGCCCACACAGACAUCAGCACUUUGUUCAUUAGCUCCCUCUCAUCGUCUUAUUUUGUUUCGUUUGGGAAACAAAUUCACACACGCACACACUUUAUUGGAAUGUGGUGGGGGGGA